UCCCCUGUAUUCCAACACUGUAGUCAACUUGUCCACCCUGCUGCACACAGCACGCCCACAACCAUCUUCUCCGAGUGUGCUCAGAACAUGGUGGUGGUGCUGGUGAACGCCGCGCCCGGGUAAAGCGCCAACCAGCGGGUUGAACUCCGAUCUGAAGCAGACACAGCCUUCAACAGGCUCGCGCGGGCGGCGAGGAGAACCGAGAGCUGACGAAAGAGUACGCGACGGAGCCGCGCCGCGUUCGCCUGGCAUGAGCUUGCCCGCGGAAAAUAUCGGACUUGUACGGAGUUUUGGAGGAAUACUAGACGGAAAAGGCGUUUCUUCAUGGCGUCCCUGAGGAAUAAAUCGGAGAGUGGUGUUCGAGGAUGUGUUUGAAGUGAGGGAGUAACGUUACGUGAAUAGUCAUUCUUGCUCUGAACUCCACGAGUGUCGAGGCCUGGAUGAACAAAACUUUCGUCUUCGUUUUGAAUACUUUGCAUUGAUAUUGUUUGAAAUAACUUUGGGAGCUGAUUAAGAACGACUACGUAGGACUACAAAACAUAUUCACGUGAGCGAGGAUAUAGUUUUCUCGUCAGCAGACUUAGACUUGUCAAAGUGGCUCGAUGUCAUAAGUAUUUUCUUCUUAAAACAUUUAAAUCGUAAGUGUUAUUUAUCGUCUCGAGCUGGCAGAUGUGUACGGCAGCGACACGCAAACGGCUGAUGUCAUUAAAAGUUGUCGCGACGUCAAAUUGAGCUUCAAGCGCAACUUGUGUUUGGAAGUAUUUAAAUGCUUUUUGAAAGCCGGAAUAUUCACUGUUGUUAUCCGGAGUGGGUGUUCAGGAAAGGAGGGGGCUCCUCCAUGGGAAUAGGCCGUCCUUUUUACCCACGACAGGGGCAGUAACGGGAUCUGCCCUAGUUUUGGACGAAAAACGAGCAACUGUAUAGUCUUACAGACAGACGUUUACUUUUCCUCAGUUUACGGGUUAUGAAUAUGAGGGUAAUUAUUGCUUCGUUUUGAUGUCACAACAUUUCUUGCUAGAGACUUAAGUGUUGAACUAAAAGUGUUUUUUUGUAGCUCUAAAGGGAAAAUUCGUGCUUUUAAAAAUGUUUCUCUCAGAAACGGGCGCUUUUUGACCGAUAAGUCUCUAGAGACAAGCUGACAAGUUACGUUUGAUAUUUGCGGACUGAAAACUGACGAAAGCGACUACAAGAAAUGUGUGAAAUCUGGCAUUUGGAAAUACGAAAUGUAAAAUGAAAUUACUUUCGAAUGUAGAUUGUAAAGGGAAAGUCAAUUCAAACAUAGGAGAGGAUGUCUGAUGGACGGUGUUGACUGGAUUAAACUCUAAUUUCACGACAGCUUCUCAACCCCUAGAUGGACAGACAGCACCUUACACGUUUUCUCUUUUAAUGAUACGUAGUUGCUUUUGUAUUGUGUGUGAAAUAAAAGCGAUGUGCUCGAGAAGGAACAGAGCGAAUGACAGUGCGUCAGUCUCGGCCGCACGCGCGGAGUCAAAGAACACGCAUGCGCGUUCACGCACUUCUGAGCCAGAUAAUAUAAAGGAAUCCGAGUGCUGACGUAAUCGGAGCACGGAUAACGAACUGCUCAAGAGUCCAGAACGGCCCAUUUUUGUAUUAAAUGCACACAGUACGUGGAAGCGACCCUUUUUUAUAACAAUCUUGGUCUAUAUUAAAAUGCCACCUUUUUAACUCUUGGCAGUAGCUGAUAUGUGAUCACUUAAAGACAAUUGUUGUCUCAUCGCCAUGGCAUUGCCACAGCAAGAGACGGAGGUUGGGUGCGAUAGUGAAGGAGGGGCUGUUACCGUGCGAAUAAGCGACCCCCGCAUUCAACAGGUCGGUCCAGACCGAGAGGGCGAGCGUGCAAAUGUGCCCAGCGGCAAGCCUUGCAAAUAUAGCAUCUCAUCCAGCUGCAGCUCUGGGGAGUUGGGUGUACCCAAGGCUAUCAUGACUCAUCUGAGCAGUCAGAGAAGAGUGCCACCGUUGUUUGAAAGGUCUGCCGCACAGUGCUGGGACCCCAAAUUUGACUCGCCCAUCCUGGAGGAGGCAUGCCGGGAGCGCUGCUUUCCACAGUUGCAGAGACGCUUCCGCUACGUUUUGUUUUACCUGGCCAUUGCUGCGUUCCUGUGGGCAGUGUACUUUGCGAUCAAUAACACCAGGUGUGACCCUACAAACUUCCUGGUGCCGACUGGGUUUUUUUUUGUGGUGUGCCUCGUCUUCCUCUGGUUUACUUUUUCGAAAGUGUAUGCACGUUUUUAUAACCACGCCUCCUUUUUACUCACAGUAAUCAUGUUUGGCAUCACACUGGCACCUCAGACGCAAACUGGCCACUUUGCUCAUUUUGGUGGGAAGAAUCAAUCACUAGGUGACGUGUCCUCUCAACAUGCACCUUGCAUAUCACCUGUUGGGACGUUCUCUCUUUGUAUGGAGGUGCUGCUUUUGCUGUACAGUGUGCUGCAUUUGCGUCUGUAUGCAUGUGUGCUUCUUGGACUUUUGUAUUCUUUCCUCUAUGAGGCUUUUGGCUGGUUGCAUCUCCUGCAUAGUUCAGAUUGGGACACUCUGAGAUGGCUCGGCCCAGGUAAAGCCCUCCUACACCUGUGCGCACACGUCAUCGGCAUCCACAUAUUCAUUAUGUCCGAGGUGCGUUCUCGUAGUACCUUCCUCAAGGUGGGGCAGGCCAUCAUGCAUGGAAAGGACCUGGAGGUGGAGAAAGUGCUGAAGGAGCGGAUGAUCCACUCGGUGAUGCCCAGGCUGGUGGCAGACGAGCUGAUGAAGCAGGGAGACGAGGAGAGCGAAAGCUCUGGGAAAAGAUACAGCGCAGGUGCAUGCUCCGUCGCUACGGCGUCCGCCGCAACCUCGUCCAGCCCCAAGAGCAACAAACGUAAGAAAAACUCCAUCCCUCGUGGACAAAUCAUUUUCAGACCAUUCAACAUGAAGCGCAUGGAGCCAGUCAGCAUCCUCUUCGCCGACAUUGUGGGAUUCACCAAAAUGAGUGCCAACAAAUCCGCUCAUGCCCUGGUCGGACUGCUGAACGACCUGUUUGGUCGCUUUGAUCGUCUGUGCGAGUUGACCCGCUGUGAGAAGAUCAGCACUUUAGGAGACUGUUAUUAUUGCGUAGCGGGCUGCCCAGAGCCACGGACCGAUCACGCUUACUGUUGUGUGGAAAUGGGCCUCGGGAUGAUCCAGGCCAUCGAGCAGUUCUGCCAGGAGACGUCCGAGACUGUGGACAUGCGUGUUGGUGUGCAUACAGGCACUGUGCUUUGUGGCAUUCUGGGAAUGAAGCGCUUUAAGUUUGACGUCUGGUCCAAUGAUGUCAACUUGGCCAAUCUUAUGGAACAGCUGGGCGUGGCAGGGAAGGUGCACUUGUCGGAGGUCACCGGAAGCUUUCUGGAUGACCGCUACGAGAGAGAGGACGGGAGAGUGAGUGAACGUGUCGGGCACAGUGUUACUGAGCAGCUAAAAGGUCUAAAGACGUACCUGAUCUCUGGUCGAAAAAUGGGCUCACAGUGCAGCUGUUCCCAGGUCAACUUGUUAAAUCCUUCCCCCCACAUGCGCACUCCAGAUCUCGCACACUCCAGAAAUGCAGAACAUCUCACGCACAACAAGUCUGGAUAUAUCACCCGCAACGUCUCGGUGGAUGCUGGUGGGAAUCCAAUAGCAGAUGAUGCAGCUCAAAACGGUUGCCAGGAUGAACAUUGGGCCAACAGCAGCAAGUUCCCAGCAGGCCAUAGCCCUAAAACCCUAAACGGGCUGCUGAGCCCUUUGUGUGAGGAGGCAGUGAGAGUCAGCCAGUCCUCCCUGUGUAACACACUCCAGGAGAAAGACAGGAGCUGGGUGGGAAGUCUAGCCGCAGAAGGCUCUGUCAUGGACCACUCGGCCAUCCUCCCGCUACACUACAAAAACCUCCGGGAGAAGAGCGAUGCUCACUUUGUGGAAGUGAUAAAGGAAGAUAGCUUGAUGAAGGAUUAUUUCUACAAGCCACCCAUUAACAAGCUCAGUUUGAACUUCCUGAAGAAACCUCUGGAGUCAGCGUAUCGCACCAGCUACCAGGAGCAGGUGGUGAACCACUUGCCAGUGCAGACAUUUGCGAGUCCUGUGUUCAGUUCGUUACUCGAUGUUUUGCUGUCUUGCGCCGUCUUCCUCGCCCUGACGGUCGCCUGCUUCCUGUGUCAUCUCUUUACCACGAAUAUGCCAAUCGCAACCACACUCAGUCUGGCAAUCGUCUCCACUCUGUUGGAGCUGGUGGCUCUUGUACUGUCUAUCCGUAUGACCCUUUACCUGGACAGUACACAAAACUGCAUCCAGUCUUUGCUGAAGAUGGUGUCUGGCUGGCUCCCACGUCAUGUGAUCGGGGCUGUGCUCGUGUCACUUCCUGCUGUGUCCGUCGUUUCGCACCUGGCGUGCUGUUUGGAGCUGCCCAUCCAGGUGACCAUGUUCCUGUGCUGUGCUCUCAUUAUUGCUAUUAUUCAGUACUGUAAAUUCUGCCAGCUGAGUUUCUGGAUGCGCUCUGCUCUGGCAACUGUAGUUGGGUUGUCUUUGCUUGUCCAGCUCUACAGCGCCACCAUCAGGGCAAGCACUACCGACAGCUUCACGUCUUUUGGGAAAACUAGUAACUCGAGUGCCAUUCAGGCAGGUGGGUUGGAGGUGGCAUCCACAGCACUUGACCUGCUCGUCCCGGAGACCGUGCUGUCAUUCAUCCUCCUGCUGCUGCUGAUUUGGUUCUUCAAUCGAGAAUUCGAGGUCAGCUACCGUCUGCACUACCACGGAAACGUGGAGGCCGACAAGCACCGUAUAAAGAUCCAAACCUUGCGAGAUCAAGCUGACUGGCUGCUACGCAAUAUCAUUCCCAUCCACGUCUCGGAGCAGCUGAAGGUAAACCAGAGUUACUCCAAAAAUCACGACAUUGUGGGGGUUAUCUUCGCAAGCAUCGUCAACUUCAGCGAGUUCUACGAGGAAAGCUACGAGGGUGGAAAAGAGUGUUACCGUGUACUUAAUGAACUCAUUGGAGACUUUGACGAACUGCUGCGGAAGCCUGCGUUCUCCAAUGUGGAGAAGAUCAAAACCAUCGGUGCUACCUACAUGGCGGCUUCAGGGCUAAAAGGGCAGCAGUGCCAGGAGCAGACGCAUCCGCACGCCCACCUGCGUGCCCUCUUUGACUUUGCCCUUGAAAUGAUGCGUGUGGUGGACGAUUUUAACAAGAACAUGUUGGGCUUCAAAUUCAAGCUACGGAUUGGCUUUAACCACGGCCCCCUAACUGCCGGUGUCAUUGGCACUACCAAACUGCUAUAUGACAUAUGGGGGGACACUGUCAACAUCGCUAGCCGCAUGGACAGCACGGGAGUGGAGUGCCGCAUACAGGUUAGCGAAGAGAGCCACUGCGUUCUCAGCAGAAUGAACUACGCCUUCGAUUAUCGUGGCACUGUAAACGUGAAGGGUAAAGGUCAGAUGAGGACUUACCUGUACCCCAAACUUAACAAAAGCAGAACGGGGUCCACGCAGAGCCUGGAAUUUCAAGGUCAGGUGGAUGAGGCCGCUGGGCAUUUAGAACCCAACACAACAACGUCUAGACCACUAAAUCCUCUGAAAACUUCUCCCAAUGUUGCCUCUAUCCGUGGCCACGAUGUGCCUAAGGGCAGUGUAUUAGGCCCAUCUCAGAUUACCCAGGAGUUACACCAAGACAAUAAGGACAGUUUUCCUGUCCCUGGGCUCCAAGAGGAUUAUGAGAGUUCUUUUCAAGCACCAUCGCUAAUUGGUGCACAACCUCCGUCAAUAGCACAAAUGUACGCACCAUUAGCCAGACCAGAGACACCUUUACAGGUAGAAGAAGAAGCAGAUGAGCGAACAAAGCUCAGGGCUGUAGAGUGAUUACGAUUUUCUCCUCACCUCGGCUGACCGGGGUUUCCUUCCUCAAGAGCCAAUCAUCUGCUCAUAUCAAAGCUCUACUUCCUCCAAGGGGCUUUGUCAAACACAACUGAUGGCGUUACAACAAGCAGCAUUUUUUUUACCUCUGUUGGGUGUAUGUGUUAAAACGUGACCUUAAAUAUUGAAAAAUUGGUGUGGUAAGAAUCUGCUGUGUGGAUCCCAGUGUAGCACAGAAUGGAGGGGGAAAUAGGCGGAGUUAAUAUUUCUCAAGUUCUCAUUUGUUUUUUAAUCGAGAGCAAAGUGCCUUCAGGAUAGAUAUGUAGAUAUGAACAAUUACGUCAGCAUGGGUUUUUGAAAAGAUGUGGAUGGUGGAAAGGCUGUUUUACGACGUAAUGUAUUUUGCAAUAUUCAUUUCUUUCAGUAUUUUUUCUGUCGUCGAGACACAUAUUUGAAAAAGUGCCAGUUGCUCGUGAAGAAAGGGAUACAGUUUGUGUAUUAUAGUUUAGGGUUAAAUAUCAAAAUGAAGGGAAGAAGAGAGAAAGACAGAAAAAAGAGAGAUGGGAGUGGAUGGACUUCUUACGUUCACAAUGGCCAUAUUGAUAUUUAGUGUAUCUGGCAGCAAACAAUGUAGCAUUUUAUCAAGGCAAAAUUGGUUCAUUCACAACAUAAGGAGAAAAGCAGGAGGGCGAUAAAAAACCGUGUGCAUACGCCAUUUGUAAUCCAUAUGAAUUUAAGCACAUACAGAAACCAUUGAACUGUGAUGCAACCAAAUAUUUUUGGACCUUAUUGAUUUAGUGUUUUCACUGUUAAUACAGUUGGACAGGCCCGUGUUUCUCUUAUCCCAAGCACAAAUACCCAUUUUCAGCCAAUGUGGUAGAGAAAUCAGAGACGAAACUAUUAACAAAGCACUUGUGGUAUUAACACAGCAGAAAGAGCUGCUAAACUCCAACCAAUGAGGCCUUAAACCGGACAGCCCAAAAAUGCUGUGCUUGGUUAAACAGUUUAAAAUGCAUUGAUAACUUCAUUCAGUGCCUCAAACUUGUUCAUAUCGAAACAAUGCUCAGAAUAACUUGUAAUUUUUCACUGUGAUCAUCCCAGCAGAGCCCGAGUUAUCACCGUAGUCUUUAUCGAUCACCGUACACUUGUGAUACCUGAUCACUCCAUGACCUUGAGAAGAAGAAAGUUCUGCUCUGAUGGUGCAGUCACUGUGCACU